UGACGAGUUCAAGUGAUCGGCAAUUCUUAACAUUCUCUCUCAGCAGCAUUCCUGCCGAGCCACAUGUUUGAAACAAUGAUUUAUGCCUCCAUCUCGACUAUCCGAAGAAAACAAUGUCGUUUUUACGAAGAAUGACAUCUGCAACAGGUAGUGUGUGAGAAACCGCGUUCGUGCGUCUUUUGAGAGAAGAACGAGAAGCUUGCUAUCGGUUAGGUCAGCACCACACUCCACAGUUGACGAUCUGAAUUGUCAAUAUCGAGCAACCUUACGGCUUCGACUACGUCCGCCCAUCUCCUUUCACCACAACAAAAAACAAGUGUCACCGCAAAGACAUUCCUGCAAAAAAACAAAACAAACGAAAAACAUGGGGCGCUACAGUGGAAAGACGUGCCGCCUUAUUUUCAUGUUGGUACUGACGGUGGUGUUCUUUGUUGCCGAGAUUGUGGCCGGAUACAUGGGGAACUCUAUAGCGUUGGUGUCAGACUCAUUCAACAUGCUCUCGGACCUUCUGUCCCUCUGUGUCGGCCUGACCGCUGCACGAGUGUCGCGUCGCGCCAGCUCGGGACGCUGUACUUACGGUCUUCCCCGGGCGGAGGUGGUGGGCGCGCUGGCCAACGCUGUUUUCUUGGCCGCACUUUGCUUCUGCAUCUCGGUGGAAGCACUGCAGCGUCUGGCCCGCCCGGAGGCUAUCGCCGACCCUGGACUGGUGCUGGUGGUGGGCGCUCUCGGGUUAGCUGUCAAUGUUGUCGGGCUGUUCAUAUUCCAGGAUUUCAGUUGUUGCAGAGGUGGUAGGCGGCGGAGGAGGCAGGAAAACUGUGCAAGAGCUCAGCAAAUGACCGAAAAGGAAGCAGGAGAGAACGGUGAAGCAGGUGCCCCCGUCCUGAAUGAAGACAACCCAGGAGAAACAGGACAGGAGAAACAGGGCCAGCCACUCAACAUUCGAGGGGUGCUGCUCCAUGUGCUUAAUGAUGCUCUGGGCUCUGUGGUGGUGGUCGUGGCCUCAGUUCUGUUCUAUGUGUGGCCGCUGGGCCCAGAGGAGCCCUGUAACUGGCAGUGCUAUGUGGACCCCAGCCUGACCCUGCUCAUGGUGGCCAUCAUCAUGGCCUCUGCUGUCCCCCUCCUGAAGGAGACCACUGGUAUCCUGCUGCAGAUGAGCCCCCCUGACCUGCAGCUCAACACCCUCUUGGAGGACCUGAGUGGGAUCCCUGGGGUACAGGGCCUGCACGAGAUCCACAUAUGGGAGCUGGCUCGGGGGCGCAACAUCGCCACCCUGCAUGUCAAGUGCGUAGACCAGUCUUCCUUCGGGGACCUUUCCCAGCGGGUGCGCGAAGUCUUCCACAGGGCCGGGGUGCACAGCGUCACCAUCCAGCCUGAGUUCACUGAGGGCCGGGACGGCCUGCUCUGCAGCACCCCCUGCCUGUCCCCCGCCUGCCAGGACCAGUCCUGCUGCAGCGGAGCUCCGCCCACUCUCCCGGUCUGUAACGGGCACCCGGCCACGCCCACACUAGAGGUGACAGUAAGUGUACCUCUGGAGGGGGUCCAGGACAAGGUGAUGGAGACUCAUGGUGAGGAGGGGAGAAAGAAUGUGGACAGCACCAAAUUUUAGAAGUGAACAGCAGGUGUGAGUGUGCAACACAAUGCUGUUUCAACCCCUCUCUUAUUUUGUGAACUUAGCAAUUGACCUCAUCAGGAAUUGUGCGCUGUAUUUAUCACACUUAAGUAUGAUGCUACAUUGAGCCCAGGAACCAGUACAAUGCCACAAAAAACCCCAAAUGCUUCUAAUUAUAAUGGUUACUUUUUCUUUCCCUUGAGAAAGUGAGGGAAGGUCAAAGUCUCAGCUGUGAAAUGGGCCUGACCACUAGGUGGCAGCAGAUGACUUGUACUGUAAGCACAGGGAUGUGUCCUGAUUUGCUCCACAGGAGAUGGGAUGCAGUACCUGUGUCUGUCUAUGUAGUCUUGUAUGUGUAUGACUAGCAAUGAUGUAUUUAUGUAUUUCCAAAGGGUUUAAAUAUUAGAUAAAACCAACAAAUUAUGCUGCUGAAAAGGUGAAGUUCUUACAUCCAUACACCACUACCAAAGAGCUUUGAAGUGAGAAAUAGACAAAGACAGGUGCUUUUCUUCUGCAUUACUUACAUGGAAGUGCUCCUUAUUUGCACAUGAAGACAACUAUGUCCUAAACCAAUGAUUGAUUACUGAAUGAUCAUUACAUCUCGGUCUUCUAGAAAAAGACUCUGCAGCAAGCUUUCUGCCUGCAGAAAAUGACUCGUACUCCACAUUUCUUUAUCAGAGCACAACCAGGAUCACAGUCUUAGGGUUUGGGAGAUGGAAAGGGAGAAAGAGAAUGAAGACAGGAAUCAGAAAUGAGAGAGGGAGGGUACGGCAGAAAACUGUUUGAAUGCAAAUGAUAGACUGCGAUCCUCUUGAGUAAAAAAAAGUAUCAGCGCAGCUUCUGACUCAUGCUCUCCACAAAUAUCCCCAUUAUGAGGGAACUCGGUGGGGCAUGCAAUCACGCUAUUAAUAGAUGAGGAUAAAGCAGGCUGGGGUAUAUUUUUAGACAAUGAGCUGAUUAUGAUUACGCCCCUCUUGACAAUCUCGGCUCUGGAGUGUGUGUGUCACUGUCAGAAUCGAUGAGGGUAUGACCAAACCUGGAGAGAAGACUGUGUUGUCUUCAGCCAUUGUGGGAGGGAGACUGGAUUGUCCUGAUAAUGACAUGCUGUAAGGAUUGGUGGUGGUACUGGGUUAGUUUCAGUCUGUCUAUUAUGUCAUUUAGCAUAGCACUUAAUCCAGUAAUAUUGUCACAUAAUGCUACUGUGGCAGAGUGGGUGACAAAAUGAGCCAACAGUAAAUUAUGAUAGUAUAAAUGAUAUGAAAUAAACACAAAAAUUAAUGAUAAAAACACUAAAAUGUUUCAUUCCAAUCAUAAACAAUUAAAUCAAGCCAAAAAGGGUAAGAAUAAUAAUGCUAUUUACAUUCAGUGGCAACCAUAAAAACAGACUUUGUCACAUCAACUUGAUAUGUUGAUUAUACCUGAUCCCUUCUGAUUCAGUCAAAAUGGAUGUGUGUUUCAAGCUGAAAAUACAUUUCCAAUAAUCACAAUGACAUCAAUAUAAAGUCCAGUGAGAUCCAGACUGUGGCAUCUGUGGGGUGCUUAUGUUUGCCUUUCCAGCUCCAGUUCAUUGUGCUGAUGGAGUAUGUAGGUAGCAGAACCUCUUACAUUCUCAGUGAGCAAAUCAGAGAUGACAUUAGCUGGGAAGAACUUACCCCAAAUUAACCUUGACGUUUCCUCAGGGUUGCUUUGUUGGGGCCAGUGCAGAGUAAAUUUACUGCCCAUCCUAUUUCUCAGCCUGGAAUGGAAGUGUAUUAGACAGAUGGGGUGGGGGGGUGGAGAGAGCUGAGAUGGGAAAAUCAGUAUUUUGUCCCAUUAAUUCACCCAUUGACAGAGGCAUUGUGUUUCCUGGUGAAAGCAGUUCUGGAGAGAGCUGUCCACACCGGGCUUUUCCGUCCUUUUACUGGCCCACCAGUGAGAUUUAGAUUACUGAAACUUUGGUCGUCCUUUCAGACUGUGCUAUCAGAGCUAGUUUCAUCACUCUUCCAGAAUGCUGUCGAGGCACCUUGAGCUGCUCAUUAUUACACCUGUUGGCACCGUGCAAUUUUGUCAAAACGCCUUCCAAAGCUGAAUCUCUGGAAGCUGAAAUAUGCGUUUUCUCAGUCCAAUGUAUUUAAAAUCUGAAUAGUGUUGUGGCACAUCAGGGCUUAUUAUUAGACACAGGUUUCUAAAUGAAAGUGAGAUUCAAAUCUGAAUCAAUCCUCAAACUAUGAAUAGACAAUAUGCAAAUCCUCAAACUCAUUUAUCUAUGGAUUAGAUAUGUUAUAAGGUUCAUAAUACUGGACAAAAGCACCAUUUCAAUAUCCAGGUCGGUAUGAAUGACUUUCCCUGGCUUUAAGUGAGUCUGAAAUGGUGGGGGUGUGAGGGAAGGGUCACCGGGCUGUCAGCUGAGUCACCCAAGCCAGGUGCAACCCUCGGGGACAGGUUGUACCUGUCAAGGCCCUCUCUUGGGAGUGUGUGAGGUCUUCUUUGUGCCUCUUUGCCCACCACAAGUCAAACUGUCACAUUGAUUGUCUGCAUCACCUCUGCCGAGGCUGAGAUGGAAAAUAAAAUAAAAAAAAAAAAGUCCGCUGUGAAUCGCAGUCAUGGGAUCGCUAUUUUUAAAACGGCAUGCAUCACCGUGGUAUCUGCAUGGUCUCAUGCUCACCUGUCCCUGAAGUACCCCUCCUACGUCCCUCUCCCCCGCUGUAUUAAACUCCACAAUGUCAAAUCAGGCCUUUAACACACACCGAUGGGCAAAGCAGUAUUCAGCUACUGCCCUCCCCCUCCUCCGCCAGCACCACAGUCUAUUGCACACUCCGCAUAUAUAGCUGGCAGACCAUUCAUUCCAUCAAUAAAGAGGGAGGGGAGGAAAAAAAGAACCACGGUUUGCAUUGACAUCAUACUGCAUCACAUUGCCAGGCAACCAAGGAGUCAACAUGUGUUGCCGUGGCAACCCUACCUCACCUUCAGUCUCUCCUAUUAAAUUCUCUCUAGCGCUGCUCUGUCUGAUUUUACCGUGGCUCCAUAUUGUGCAACACAGACACUCUCUCCCAGCUAAUCAACACUACCAUGUUUACCCACCAGUCACAGCAAGGUUAUAGUCCUGUUAUCCUUUUCACCACAGCCCCUCAGGAUCUUUCCGCAUUACAUGAAGAUCACGACUGAUGAACUCCAGUGUUUGUUAAAGGAAACUCUAUCAGCAUCUAUGAUAGCCCUACCAUGCACAGCGCUAUAUGUAUGAAAAUCCACGGAUUGCUGUUCAAACGUGUUAAGUGGCACAUUACAAGAGGGGUUGAGGUGGGUCACGAGAUGUCAAAAACAUGCAAUAACACUUCCAUAGACAUUUGCACUAGUCAAACAAUAGACUGCACUGGCUAGUGUUUAUGCUGUUAUUUCCACAUGUAUUGUAUAGAGAGUGUAUCAGCAAGAGUGUUGUGGAGUUGGGGAUUAUACGAACACAAGCCCCGGUUCAAAAUAAGCUGCCAAAUUCACAUGAAAGUUAUCUAUCCCCGAAUCAUAGAACAUGACAAAACAAAUAAAUAAAUGAAGAAAAAAAUGAAACAAAAACAGAGAAAAGCUAUCAAAAUAGAAAUUUGGGCUCUGGGGAGAGGCUUGUUUCUCCCUGGAACAGUUUAAAUUGUAAUGGGACUCUUCAGCAUCAACAAUGGACAGAAAGGACUGUAGAUCAUACCGGUAAUGCUGAC